UAUGAAAGUAGUUUUGCAUAUGGCCAUUGAUGAUUGCCGUAAUUAUCAUGAAAGUUUACGGCAGAUAAUUAGUUUAGGAGUCAAUAGAGUUCUUAUUUGAGGAGGAAAGUAUGGAUCGGCCUUGGAGGGGAAGGAUUCAAUUAAAUAGAUUGCUGGACUCUUUCCAGAACUUACAAUUUUAGCUGGCGGAGGGAUUACUAAAGACAAUUAUCUGGAAUUGGCUUAGCAUUGCUAUUUGA